AUGGCUGGUAAUAAUAAAGACGACGAGUUUUAUGUGAGAUAUUAUACUGGACAUAUGGGACGUUAUGGUCACGAAUUUUUAGAGUUUGAGUUUCGUGCGGAUGGUCGUUGUCGUUAUGCCAAUAACUCAAACUACAGAAAUGAUAGUUUGAUACGAAAAGAAAUGUAUGUGAGUCCAUUAAUGAUGAAAGAACUGCGAAAGAUGAUUCAGCAAAGUGAGAUCAUGAAAGAAGAUGAUGCACGAUGGCCUAAGAAAAAUGUUGUCGGGAGACAAGAACUAGAAAUCCGUCUUGGAAACGAACAUAUUUCAUUUGAAACUGCAAAAAUCGGAUCACUGGUUGACGUACAAGAAAGUGACGAUCCGGAAGGUCUUCGAGUGUUCUACUAUCUAGUUCAGGAUUUGAAAUGUCUAGUGUUCUCUUUGAUCGGAUUACACUUUAAGAUUAAACCAAUUUAA